AGUGGCGUCUGGCGGAUAAUAUUUUCGCGGAAUGCGUACAUCAACACGCCGUAAUGCAAUAUUAAUAUUAUUAUUUUUGCGUACGACCGUUCGCGGAGAUGGCAAAACUCGUAUGAUAAUUUAAAAUACCUAUUAAACAACAAUAACGAAACGCGGUUGGCGGGACGCAACGACGACGCCGUCGUUCACGGACGUCGUUCACAAAAGCGGUUUAUUUUUCGAUCGAGUCGAUUAUUACUGGUGGGCAGGGCAAGACGGAGGUGUAGCGACCGCGAUAAUACCGCGACAAGAGUACAAGACAGUGCAAGCGUGCAUGCGCGUCGCAACCGUCCACGGUUUUCCCGUCGUCUUCCCAACCUUUGGCCCAGAAUUAUUCUUUCGUUGAUUUUUUUCCCGCCGAUCAUUGCCGCCCUCUUCGGAUUCUCCGACCACGACUGCAGCCGCAUGCCGCGCGAGUUUUUAUUCGCGUAAAUAAUAAUUAUCAUCGUUCGUCUGUUACCGUGGCCGCUCUUAUCGCCAUGUCGUCAUCGCUGCACUGUCGCCGUACGUCGUCGCUGCAUACGACCAUCGCCUUGGUCGCCGCUGUGGCCGUCGCGGUCGCCGUCCACUCGACGGUCGCCGCCCCGCAGUCCGACGGCGACGCCACGAUCACGAUCGCCGGCCAGCAGUGCAAGUGUGUGCCGUUCUACUUGUGCGAAUCGAGCAAUACCGUCGACGUACCCUCCGGAUCUACAGAAUCGGGUUGUGGAGAUUUGGUAUGUUGCCGAGUACAAAGUGAUGUACCUUUACCACCAGUGACCGAAUCGUAUAUACCGUCGUCUGAAUUACCACAAAUUAGUUCAUCAACUCAGGAACCAUAUAUUGAGAAUAAUAAGCCAUGUACAUGUGUCUCCAGAAAUCAAUGUUUAACACCAAACGGUAGUAAUCAACGGCAAAGUUCUAAUAUUAGAGCAGGGAGUUGCAGCAGCAAUAAAGUAUGCUGCAUAAAUGAAUAUGUUAAUAUCGGAACAACCCAGGAAACACCUAUUAUUGGUGAACCCAUCAAUAACAAUGAUCGUAGUUGUGGUAUUGGUAAGUCACCGCCAAAUACCAUAAAUUCUGAUAAUAUAGGAACCCGUAUUAUUAAUCCUGAAGACAACUCAAACACGCAUUUUGGUCAAUUUCCGUGGAUGGUUGCUAUACUAAAAACAGAUAUAAAUGAAGAGACUGGUAUUAAAACAGAAAAUGUUUUCCUCUGUGGUGGUUCAUUAAUACAUCCACGAGUCAUUUUAACUGCGGCACACUGCGUCAGAGGUAAGGAUGUGAAAUUGAUGAAAGUACGUGUUGGUGUGUGGGAUACUCAGUCUAACAGUCACGAAGAAGAUAGAGAAAAGUCGCACGAAGAUCGUGGUGUUUCAAAAAUCGUUCAUCAUCCGAAUCAUAAUAAUGGAACUAUGUUCAAUGAUGUUGCGUUAGUCGAACUUGAAUCUGAAAUUAUAUUACAUCCACAUGUUAAUGUUAUAUGCAUUCCUAACAAUGAAAAACAAAUAAACUACGACCCUCAAUCGUGUGUAUCAACAGGGUGGGGUAAAAACGGAUUCGAACAGGGUAGCAAAUAUCAAACUGUGUUAAAAAAAGUAGAUUUGUCUCUUGUGCCCAAUGAUUUGUGCCAACAGCAAUUACGGACCACGCGCCUUGGGAACUUUUUCCGUUUACAUGAAAGUUUUCUUUGUGCUGGUGGCAUAAAGGGAGUUGAUGUGUGCAAAGGUGAUGGUGGUGGACCGUUGAUAUGUGCAAUGAAAGGAUACCAAGGGAAGUCUAAAAAAUAUAUGCAAGUGGGUAUUGUGUCUUGGGGUAUUGGAUGCGGUGAUGAAAAUAUACCAGGUGUAUACUCGUCGGUAGCGGUCAACUCUCAGUGGAUCAACAAGGAGCUUAAAACGAUGACAUCACAAUAAAAACGUUGCUUUUUUCAACUGUUGACAUUUUAAUUUAUAUUUUAUUACACUUAAAACAAGAAUAUUUGAGUCGAUUUACUUUCGGAUAUAUUAUAACAUGAUCAUAAAUAUAUUACAAUUUACGCCUUAAA